CAACACCCGUUCCCACCGUGUCUCAAUCCCCUCUCCCACGCUUUUCGGGGAGCCAGCCAUCCCUGUGCCAAGCCGGUUCAGCUCACUUGUCUGGCAUUUGCAGGCGUGCCAGCACCAUGCCCCCGGCAACCAGCACCUUUCCCCCGGACGAGGAGCCCCUGAUCGAGGAGUCCUUGGUGAACAGAUACAGCCAGCAAAAGCCAAGUGACCACUUACAUGGGGCCUACAUUAUUUUUUUCCUCCUGGGCAUUGGGUCCCUGUUGCCCUGGAAUUUUUUCAUCACGGCAAAGCACUACUGGAUGUACAAGCUGCAAAACUGCUCAGAUCAGGCAGGGUCAGAAGGACAGGCAGCAUCUGAUCUGCGGGAUUUUUUUGAGAGCUACAUCUCCAUUGCUUCGACGGUGCCCUCCGUGCUGUGCCUGGUCGGAAACUUCUUGCUCAUCAACAAGGUGCCCGCCAGCGUCCGGAUCCUGUCCUCCCUCUUCAUCAUGCUGGCCGUCUUCCUGGUGAUCACAGUGCUGGUGAAGGUUGACACCUCCACCUGGACCACCCGUUUCUUUGCCCUCACCAUUGGCUGCGUCAUCGUCGUCAGCAGUGCCUCGACCGUCUUCACCAGCAGCAUAUUUGGCCUGAGCAGCUGCUUCCCCAUGAAGAACCUGCAGGCGCUGAUCUCGGGUCAGGCCAUGGGCGGCACAAUCAGCGCCAUCGCCUCCGUGAUAGACCUGGCAGCAGCGGCCGAUGUAACAGACAGUGCCCUGGCCUACUUCCUCACCGCCGACAUCUUCAUCGUCAUCUGCAUCAUGGUGUACCUCCUCCUUCCCAGGCUGGAGUACUCCAGGUAUUACAUGAGCAGCCAGAACAAGAGCUCAUCUCUGGCCGGCGUGCUGCCCGACAGCUCUGCGGAGGAUGAGGCAGAGCCGGGAGGCACCACAAAUACCUCCUUCCUUGCAAAAAGCACCAGCAUCCCCCCGCUCCGCCCCAUCCUACAGAAGACUGCCCUUCUUGGCUUCUGCCUCUUCUACGUCUUCUUCAUCUCCAUCAUCAUCUUCCCUUCUCUCUCCUCCAACAUCGAGUCGGUCAGCAAGUCCUCGGGAAGCCUGUGGAGCACCAAGUACUUUGCACCGCUCACCAGUUUCCUCCUGUACAACUUUGCCGACUGGUGUGGGAGGCAGAUCACCGCCUGGAUCCAGGUGCCGGGCCCCAAGAGCAAGCUGCUACCCGUCCUCGUCCUCCUCAGGACCAUCUUCCUCCCUCUCUUCAUCCUCAGCAACUACCAGCCCCGGGCUCACAUCCGGACGGUACUCUUCGACCAAGAUAUCUACCCAGUGGUCUUCACGGCACUGCUGGGGCUGAGCAACGGCUACCUGGGGACGCUGGUCAUUAUCUACGGCCCCAAGAUCGUGCCGAAAGAGCUGGCCGAGGCAGCAGGGGUGGUGAUGACAUUUUACCUCAUGCUGGGGCUGGCUGCAGGGUCCGCCUGCUCCGUCCUCAUUGUCCACCUCGUGUAGAGGAGCAGCGGGAGGGGGGAUGCCCAUGGUUUGCAGUGCUGCUGUCGGGUAUUUAGAGAUUAUUUUUUUUUUCCCCCAAAAGCCAAACAAACAUGGCAUGGUGUUGGGGCAGGCUGCCUGUUUUGAGGGGGCGUGUUGCAUCCGGGGGGAAAGUCCUUCUUCUGGGGUGCUUAGAAGGUCCUCUUGGACAUUUUUCACUCCCUGGCUUGACUGGAGCAAACAGACCAAAAAAGCCUUGUUCUCCCCAGGGAGCUCGAGGAAGCAGCGGGAACGGACCACAGGGAAGCCUGUCCCUCACCCCAGCGCCGGUGGGCAAGGGUGGCUUGCUGGUGCCACCGUGCUGGUUUGAAACUGAAACCGGGUCUUUUGACAGCACCUUGCGUUUUGCUGCCUCGUUAGUAUGAGUUUAGCCCUGCAGUGGUUUGGUGGUCUCGGGGGGACCCCCUUCAUCAAGCUGUGAUGGUGGUGGUGAGCUAAAAGGGAAUUUGAGCCCUGGGGCACCUUCAAGCAAGCUUCAAAAGUGGAUAGCAGCAGCGCCAGGGAGCAGAGGGCUGUUUUGGGAGGAUUUCAUGCAUUCAUCCCAUGAAAAGCACAUAUAAGGGAAACCUCUGCACUUGGACUUCUGCUUGCUUUAAUUUUUCCAGAUAAGAUUGAAUGAGGGAUGAUGCAGCCCCCAGCACGGUGCUGCUAGUGCUGGGGCUAUAUGUUGUGGCCAACCUGAGACCAUUUCUCCUCCCGUGACCGUGGUAUGAUGGUUGUGGAUGCCAACUUACCUGUCUGUAGCUGAACCCCCAAGGAAAGCGAAAUGCUAAGUGGUCCUAACCUAAGGUUUUUAGGAUGCCUUUAGUCAGCAUCGAGAAAGGUAUAUAAAAGCCAGGGAGAGGUAUUAGAGAGGCUUUGAUGUGAUGUUCGCUGCAGAAAGCUGAUUAAUUUAGGUAGACAGGUGGCAUAUGGUCUCCAGAUGGUUUCAGAGGGGUGAGCUACUCUGACACCCAAAAAGAUGGCCCACCCAAAGGGGACUGGCUUUUAAAGCCACUUAAACAUAUGCAGAUGCAGCCUGGACUAAAUAAAAUUAUUGUAUUGAUUUACUCAAAUUGCCUGGAUUUAUGGUCUAGGAGAGGUGAACUGGUAAGCAGGGAUGGAAUGGCACAACUUGGUGUUACAGCUGCUGCCUCAGGGAUGCUAUCUAUGGAAAAUAUUUCCUUUAAGACUGGGUCAUUAGCGGAUGCUCUGUCAUCCUCUCCUGCUUGAAGCUGCUGGUCUGGGUUGCCAGGCUGUCUCCUUGCUGUGCUGGAUGGUGGUUAGCGAGAGGGAGGAUACGGGGCUGGUGCCUUUCCACCUGCGGGCGCCCUGGCUUUGCUGGGAGAGCGGCAGGAUCGACAGCGGUUAUUGCCAGGGGGUGAAAUGUAGGCUUGGUGGGUGUUGGGUUUUUUUGUAUAAAUCCCUUCCAGUGUUUAGUUUGGGCUCGUUGGCAAUACACAGACAGUUUCGCUUUACAGCUGAUUUUUAUUUAAACAUAAAAUCCAGACACGAGUGGAAAAUUUACAGGGCAUGCAGCACUGAGGAGCAGCAUCGCAGCACCCGACUUUGCACGUGCGUGCUCUUAAUCCUUUCGCUUCAGUAGGUUUGCAGCCCUUCGGCCCCUGACACUUGGCCAGGGACUGCUUUAGCCACUGUUGGCCCAGGUGAAGGUCCGCCUCAGCUUGAAGGGCAGCGCAAGGGCUGAGGGCAGCGAUGCUGGCCGGCCAGCUGGGUGGUGCUCACGGGGGGGUAGGCGCUCCCAUUGCCUCCACGUUGCUUGGGGUAACGCGGUAGUUGGUCGGGGCUGAAAAGCCUACGCCAACCUCAUGUUGGCAACCGAAAUGUCCCUUUGUGGCCUUGGGUGCUUCCCACUUGAGAGCCUGCUGUGUGGUCUGGUCUCCCCAGCUCAUACACUUUCCCCCCAUCCCAGGUAUGGUGAGGUUCUGCUCAUUUAGUGACUGCUUUGCACCUCUGCUGGUCCUCUCCCUCAUGUUACAGGCCAAGUACCUCUUGAGACAGAACUUAAUUAUCCGUUACUGUUGCUAAUAAAGUUAAUUCUUGAUACUGUGCAA